GUGUAAUGAGAAUAUGAUAUUUGUAUUACGUGAAUAUAACAUAUGUUUUAGAAGAAUAUGAUAUUUGUAUUACGUGAAUAUGUUAUAUGUUUUAGAACAAUAUGAUAUUUAUAUUACGUGAAUAUGUUGUUUUAAUUACUCUGAUAAAAAUAUUGUAUUUGUGUAAUAAGGAUAUGAGGUGAGCUAUUUAAUCAGGCUCUACUGGCUAAGAUCACAUGGCGUGUUCAUGCGGAGCCAGACUCGCUUCUGUCUCAAAUCUAUAAGGGUAAGUAUUUCCCGCAUGGGUCAAUUUUCUCGACGACUGCCAGAUCUCGACCUUCGUGGGGAUGGCAAGGUGUUCUCUAUGGAUGUCAAUUGCUUACACUACAAAAAAGGCAGGCAGUUGUGACGAAAUCUUACUAACGACUAAAAAAAUGCGUAAAAAAAAAAAUUCCGACGAAAAGCAAUUUUCGUUUGUAAUAAUGAAAUUAUUACUGACAUAUGUGUUUUUUUUGUCAAUAAUAGUAUUUUUUCGUCAGUAAAAUGUUUUUUGCCCCACUUUCCAUUUUUCACGCGGAUUAUUUUUGACGACUUCAUUUUAUGCGUUAGAAAUAAUCAUUAUUACUAACCAACAAAAAUAUGUCAUCAGAAAAUAUAAUUAUUAUUGACGUCAAAAUACCGAUGGUUGAAAUUAAAUUUUUAAUUUUGACGUAAUGAAUUUUUUGUCAUUAAUAAUUGGUCAGAAAAUGUUUUUUUUUACAACACCAAAAUUUCAUCAAUAGUAAUUGGUCAGAAAAACCCCAAUUGUUACGCCAUAAACACUUCGUCGGUACUAUUUGGUCAGAAAAAAAAUCUUUUUUGACAACAGUAAAAUUUCAUCAAUAAUAUUUGGUCAGGAAAACACCUUUUCUAAUAAUAUAAAAAUUACGUCAAUAAUUUUAGUCAGUAAAAAACAUUUUCUGAUAUCAUAAAAGUUCGUCAAUACUAAUUGGUCAGGAGAGAAUUCUUUAUUGACAACAGUACAAUUUCGUCAAUACUAUUUGGUCAGGAAAACCACUUUUCUGAUAUCGUAAAACACAUUUUUGACGCAAUCAACAUUUCGUCAGGAAAAAUUUCGUGACCACAGUUUGGUCAGGAAAAAAUAACAUUUUUUACGCCAUAAAAUGUCUUCACCAGUAAAUGGUAAGCACAAAUACAUUUUGUACGCCAUACACAAGAAUGACAUGUUUAAAAAAUGAUUAUUGAGUCAAUAUAUAAAAAAACACAUAGUAAGCACUGUUCUAUGAAAAAUAUAAUGGAAAUUAUAUAAUAUAUAUUUCAAUCUACAAAGUACAAAGACAAAAUUAGUCAUACUUAAUCUUCGAACCCUGCUCUAGUCCAGUUUAAGAGAUCAUCUCCCUCGGUUUGGAGUACCCUAGGAUCAUCAAUUAAAAUAUUGUCUUCUUAAUAGGCUUCGUCUAAGGGCCCGGAUAGUAUAACAACACGAUUCAUUAAGGGUAUAAGGGUAAACUUAUCUAAAAUCUAAUAAAAUUAAAUGUAUUUAGCCCACCCACCCUCGUCUCCUUCACACUCCUGCUGGAUCUCGAUUCUUCUUCUCCCCUGCCGGCAGGGGCAAGGGCGACAUCGAAAGCUUCGCCUUCUGCAUCGGCGAGCUAAUCGCGCUGCUGAAGCGAGAAAAUUCGAUCUCCGUCGCCACGAUUGCGCCGUUCCACACUACAGUGGCGCCCUACGCGGCUCUGUUUCGGAGGGGCUUGUUGAUUAUGUGAACUACCAGUUCUAUACAGAUAAGGUUAGGAACCCGGUGGCUUACCUGGCCGCGUUCCGGCUGCGGGCGGGGCAAUUUGGGAAGGAGAAGCUGCUGCCGAGCUACGAGGUGAAUGGGAGAGGGAUUCAAGGGGACGGGUUUUUCGACGCGCUGGCGAUGCUGGAGAGGAAUGGGUUUGAUGUUAAUGGAGUUAUGAUUUUCUCCGCGGAUGCUUCUGCGGCGGCGGGUGUUAAUUUCGAGUACGAGAAGAACCAGAAGCUUCCGCGGAGAGUCUCCGGCGGCUAACAGCUCGCGAUUGUCAUAGCCUAUUCAAGCAAAUUUUAUGUAACUUUCAUGGUAAUCAUUUCAUUUAGUAUAUCACGUUUUUUUUUUUUUUCAGGAUCUCGUUAGACGUCUUAGCACUUGGAGAGAACUGAUGGUUAGUUAAACUUUCAGUAGUUUUGAUUGUGACACGAAUAGUGCUUUUGGAAUUCAGAAUCGGGACUGAUAAAGCUUAUUGGCUGUAUGGCUACAUCUCAUUGUUGAACUGAACAUGCUGGUAAUUUUGGAAAUCAGAGAUGCAACAACCUACCAGUAUAGCAAAAUCACCUACAUGAAUGUUUUUUCUUUUGUCAUUUUUCUUUGUCAUUAGCAUAUGGUAUCAUAGUAUAGUAUGCAUCUCCAGUUUGACCAUGCUUUGCUUGUGACAGAACCAUGCAGGGAGCAAAGGAUGCAUGAUGAGAGCUUAAGUUAUGCAUUACCAGACCAAGCUAUUGUGUCUCUGGCAGAAAAUGUUCCGACGAAUCUGACCAAACUCUCUCAGCUUAUUGCUCAUGUUGAUCAUGAUGCUGAUCUUGUGAAUCCCAAUUGUUUUCUUCCUCCUCUGUCACCUGUGGUCACGAGUCAUUUGGAUGAUAUAUUUUGCUUAAUUCAAGAGAAAGAAAGCAAUGGUCACGAGUCAUUUGGAUGAGAGAUCUAACAAAAAUUCACUGUUUCUACCUUUUCAGAUUUCGGGUUUUAGUGCUGGUGUAAAUGUAUCACCAUUUCAUAAUGGCAGACUGGCAGUGAUUGAGUUGAUGAUGUUGAUGAAGGAGAUGGAAAACAUGUGUUAUGUUUCACUAAUUUGUGAGGGAAAUAAAAUUAACUCAACGAGACUGCUUCUGUAUCACUGAAAGAGAGACCGUGGCAUGUUGAUAAAUCCAAUAAAACAUACUAUAAAAC